AUGCUUCCUGCGGUUGAGAUUUGGCGGAGUGGAGUUAACCGCUGCCUAAUUGGCGCGCUGCCAUCGGAGGCAACUUACGCUACCAAGAGCAUGAUGGCGUAUUACUGUGGCCCCUGCAACCAGCAAUUCCCCUCCCAGCGAGCAUAUGCCGAGCACGCUGCCGCGCUCCACACACUGAGCCACAAGUGUGCUCAGUGCGGCCGACUCUUUCGCUCGGAGCAAGCGCUCUCAGAACACGUGACAGUGAUCCAUCCAAUACAGCCCCUCUCAAGGCCCCUUCCCAAGCCGCCCGCCGCGAAACCGGCUCAGAAGCAGUUGCUUCAAAAGCCUGAUGCAACGCAGCCCCUAUCGAAGCCCCUCCCAACACCGCCAGCUUUAGAGCAGUUGGCCUGCCAAGACUGCACGGUUAGCUUUGUAACCCAGCAGGGUUUGCUUGACCACCGGGCCUUGAUCCACCCCUCCUGCCUGGACUGCAAGCGCGCCUUUGCCUCUCAGAUCGCUCUCCAGCAGCACCGUAUCCAUGUUCACUCCCGAUCUAGUUCCCAAGCUGCCCCAGCAGUCGUACUUCCUAAGCCCAAAAACCAACAUGCCCUCCAACUGCACAGCGCGUACCUGCAGAAAGUCCGCUCUAGUUGCGGCAAUGACCAGCAGGUUCAGCAGCAUGCGCUUGCCAAUGUCAGCAAGGGGUCCGGGGCCCCUGGUGAGCAGGGCUUUGAUUGCGAGGAGUGUGAAAAGCGCUUUUUGUCCUUAGCGGCGCUUGAGCAGCAUGCUAAGGAUACAAAGGGCCACAAAAGGGAGUUCCAAUGCCGGGUAUGCGACCUUGUGUUUCUCACAAAGGCGGGCUUGGGCCAGCAUUGCAAUGGGGACGUGCAUCGGAUGCGCGUCGCUAACAACGGCGUCAAAGGGGAGUCCAGUUCAGGCAUGGUUCCUGGAAAGCUCCCGAACGGUUCGCUAAGCGCCCCGAGUGUCGUCCGUUGCGACGUCUGCAACAAGGACUUUGAGACGUUGCAACGGCUUGCCCAGCAUCGGAAGGAUACUCCGGGACAUGCACAAAGAGUAGUGCUUCAGAGUAGCGUUAGAACCCUACCCCCAAACCCGGGGUUUGGUUUAAGGAAGCCAAGUGCUGCUCAAGCGGGGGGUUUCGCCUGCCGGCCUUGUCAAAAGGAGUUCGCCUCUCAAGCUGCCCUCGACCAACAUUUCAGCAACUCGACCGUGCACGCGGAAGCCGACGACCGCUUCGCAUGCGGCCCGUGCGGGGCCGUCUUUGCCUCGUCAGCAGAGCUCGAGAGGCACAAGCUGGCCUUGCCCAGUCACGUAGAGACGUUCGUAUGCAAGGAGUGCGACAAGACGUUUAAGUCGGGGCCUGCGCUCAGCCAGCACCUGAGGGACAUACAUAAGCAGCGUGUCCUGGUCGAAUCCCACCAAAAUCCCAAGUUCGUCCCAGCUAGUAAGCAGCCCCAAGUCUAUAAGCCCACCCCGUCCGAUACAAUGAAGAAGGUGUCUAAGAUGAUAGAGAAGCGGCUCGCGGAGCUUCCAGUUCAAGCUUCAAUUGAGCCUUUCAUUGAUGAGUGGCGGCCGGGGGCCUCAAAAGUAGAUGUGGGCUCUCAGUUUGAUGGCAGAGCAUUCGACGGCGGGGAAUCUGCUCCCAACGGGCACGAUCAGAAUGGUGAUCUUGUGAGGGGGCCGGAAGAGGAAGCCGGAACUGAUGCGCGGGUGCAAGAGGUGGAACUUGAAGUGCAGGCUGCUUCGGUUGCGACAGCACAAGCAGCACCAGAAGGUGCAAGUGCUGUUGCUGGAGGCACUGUCAGGCACGAGGAUGAGUGCAUCAUCUGCUUGGAUGCGCGCAGGGAUACGCUGUACCUCCCAUGCGGGCACUUCUGUUUCUGCCACGAGUGCGCUGUUCAUAAUCAGGAGAAGGGCAACCCCUGUCCGCAGUGUCGGACACCGAUUGACUUGCUGCUAAAAGUGCUCGCUUGAUAUGACUGACAUUGCAGUGUACCGAGUCUAGGUCAUCUUUGAGCAGGAGAAAUCGAGGAUCUGUGUAAGGAAAGAUUGUUGUGUUUUGAUCAUCCGCAGAAUGAGUUACUGCGGAUUCGAUGAUUGCAAAGAGAUGAAGGCGAGCCGGAAGGCUAGAUACGCUUCGGAAAGUUUCAGACUGUGCCUACAUUGAAGCCUGGAUCUUACCUUCAUUUACAUGACCACAACCGUGUCUGCUGAUGGUAU